CUUGCCUGUGAACCUGUUUUACACCCUCCAAGCACCGUACCCAGACAUUUAUAUCUCUCCGAUAGCGGCUCAUAUACCUCUGAAGCUCAGCCUGUAUAUCCCAAUCUUAUAAAGGCCUACGAGCUUCUCCUUGGUCGUUCCAACCCAGCCACACAUUAGUCGCCCGGCAACACGUCGAGUCUAAGGUCUAUAUACCCCUUGGGAAGGAGCUUUGAGUAAAGGAAUGGCAAUCAUGGAUAAUCCUGGCGAACAAGAAGUCGCUCGUCUCUGGGAGCUUCUGCACCAACUCGCGGAACAGACACAGCACCAUAGGAACUUUACCGCGAAUCUACAUGUGCAGGCCUCUGGUGUGAAGAACCAGGCGAUACAUUCACAAACGGGAUUCGUGCUCAGACGAUUUAACAUGGAUAAAACCCAGGAGGAAUAUGACGCGGAACUCGAGCGUAUGAAUGCUGUCAUGUCUGCCGAGAACCAGUCCUUACAGUACGACAACAAGCAAUUGAAUGCGCUCAUAAAGGACUACGAGACAACGUUGGAGACUGUCAUGGAUCAGUUCCGAAAUCGAGCUCAUGACGUCCAAGAACAAGAACUCUCCCUCAUCCGAGAAUACGAAUCCCGCCUCAUCGCCCGCGAAACCAUCGAACAAACCGCACAAUUAACCGCCACAACAGCCUACUCCGAAUCGCUCUCCCAUAUCUCCACCCUUCUCCGACGUACACUCCGACUCCUCAACGGAGAACCAGACCCCGAUAUGCCCACCUCCUCUCUCCCUGACUCCGCAAAAGAAAUGAUCGGGAUCGCGCCUCAUACUUCCAUCUUCGACUCCCCGUACGGUGGUGAAUGGGACGCAGUGGCGGCAGCAGAUUGGGCACUGGAGAGGGAGAGCGAGCUGUCGAGGUUGGAGAAGGAAAACGAGUUGUUGAGGAGGUUGGCGGGAAUUCCUACGGGUUUGUCGGGAGAACCGUUGCAGAAAAUAGACAUGGGGCUCAGUGGAAGUCCGGGUAUCGGUGGUCCUAGUGGUGGUAGUGGGGUUGGGGAAGAUGGAAGAAUGAGUGUGUUGCCGGUUGUGUGUCUGAGUAGACAGACUGGGGCCUUGCUAGGUGGACCGAAGGGUACUGUGGGACCAUUCGGGACGUAUAAGAGGAUGAGGGCAGGGCAUGGGGGGUAGGCUGCAUUUUCAAUACAGUUAGAGCCAACGAGCAGGGUGUGUACAUCGACACAACGAUUAUUGUCCCCUUACUUCACAGCUUGAGAGAUCGUUUCUGCGUCGAGGUUGUAGAACCACGUGUAAGCUUUCAGAAGCCUGCGCCUACAAUAAAUCUGCGUAAUUUUC